CCUUAGCUUCCUUGGCCAUGCCCACCCUGCCAGUCAGCCAGAGCAUUGUCACCGAGCAGAGGUCUAUGACGACGACCUUCUACUGCGACACCAAGGUUGAUAAUAUCACCAUCCACUGGGUCUCCAACCACUCUCCACUCAUGUUGAAUGAGCACAUGAAGCUGUCUGCAGAUCACGAGACCCUCCCUACCAUCCUUGUUGUCCAUCGAGAGGACUUUGGUUCUUACCAGUGUGGAGUGCGGCAUGGCUUUGGGGGCCUUGCUCGGUUCCUCACCACGGGGACUUUCACCAUUCAGGCUGUGUCCGGGGAGCACAAGGGCGGCUGCAGGUGCCUGGGUCCGACAAUGACCCUGACCAUCCAUGGCCUCCAGAGUGACACGGGACCCUAUGAGUGUGAGGUGAGGCACUGGGGUAGCCGGGCUUGAAGUGCUCCCCUGGGGCUCACCAUCAACUAUGGCUCUGACCGAGUGGACAUCACCCCGGGGUCAGCAUCUGAAGUGGUCAGCACCGUCGAGGCGAUGCUCAACUCCAGCCUGACCCUGCAUUGCCGGGCUGACUCCAAAACCAGAUGCCAGGUAUCAUCCGGUCCCGGGUCAUCCUCUCUAUCCCUGGGAGCCAUGGCUGGCAUUGUCAUUGGGAUCCUGGUUACCAUUGCUUUGGUGAUAGGAUUGGGCUAUUUCCUCUAG